GAAGGUGGUGCCAUCAUAUCACAGAGGUAUAUAUAUACGCACAAAUCGAUGCCUCCCUUCAGAUCAACGGGGACCAGAAAGGGACCGAGGAGUAGAGGAGAAUUUAGGAUAAAGUUUUUGGACUUCUUGGACUUUUUACUAUUUAAAACACACACACAAAAAAAAGACUGAACCAUGUGUUCUGGGAAUUUUGCAAAGUGUUUAGGUAUCACACUCAUUCCCUUAGCUAUUCUUUGCUUCCUCUGCAACAUCCUGCUGCUCUUCCCUGGAGGUAAACCUGCUGAGAACAAUGAUGACAUUACAGAUGAAGCCUGGUACUUCGGGGGAAUUAUCGGCUCUGGAGCCUUGAUGAUUUUCCCGGCGCUGGUCUUCUUGGGACUGAAAACCAACGAUUGCUGCGGCUGCUGUGGUAAUGAGAGCUGUGGGAAAAGAUUUGCGAUGUUUUUCUCCAUUAUAUUUGCUGGAGUUGGUCUUUUGGGAGCUGGAUAUUCAUUCAUCGUGUCGGCAGUUGCGAUCAAUCGGGGACCUAAGUGUUCAACAAAUGGCACAUAUACAUACCCUUUCAGUGAGGGUGACUACCUGUCCAACAAAACAAUGUGGGAAGUGUGUAAGGAGCCUUCAGGCAUCGUGACGUGGCACCUGACGCUCUUCUCCAUGCUGUUGAUUAUGGGUUUGGUUCAGAUGGCACUGUGUGCAUUUCAGGUGGUCAACGGCCUGAUCGGGACCAUCUGCGGAGACUGCUGUGGAUGUUGUGGGGGCUCCUGAACUGGAUAAGAGUCCAGGAAAGUGAUGGAACAUAUUCUGAAGAUAAAAGUAAUAUUGAAGAGUUUUUGUCUACAUUUUCCAGAUCUUGUUUUUUUUUUAUUAUUAUUUAUGCCAUAUAGACAUUUUGUACAGGUUUACAGAGUACAGUAUGCCUCUUUUGCUUGAUGGUGUGCCUCAUGAAGGCAAAAGAGAAUUUAAAUAUUUAUAUGCGAUGUUUAACGAUCAUUACAGUCACAUUUUAAUGGGAAAAAAAAGGUUGCUUUUGCUAAAUAUGGACAACAAAUAGUUGUUGUAAUCACUUUUUACACACUGAGUCUUUUACUGCAAUUACUGACACAAGGCUUGAUACCGAAUAUUCUAAAAUAAUAAAAUGAUCAACGUUAAACACAGAUGUCCUAGUCUUCUUUUCACUGCAAUGCAAAACAGGAAACUGUCAUGGAAGAGCAGAAGAAUGAUGCUGCAGGAUGUAACCCUGAAUUCCUUGGAGGAUCUAAAGAUUACACUGAAAACAACAUCUGGCCAAUUUUUCUGAGAACUUCACAAGAGACACUUUUCAGUUGAU